GUGGUAUGUGGAACAUCAUGGGUGCCUCAUUUAUGCCUCAAAAUUCAGUUUUAAGCUCCUAUAAUCAAUAUUUUUUACAUCAACAAUGGAUCAAAAUACUGUGUAUAUUAUGAAAGGGGUUGCUCAAAGUGACAAACCCACAGAGAAUUAUAACCAACUCUGCUUCUGUUUGCCUCAGCUCUACAGAGCACUUUAGUCAUUUUGGUUUUACAGUCCGCAACUGUACUUUUUUUUUUUGGUUCACUCUCACUGUUCUCAUCACUGUUGUGUCCAGACACAGCAGGCAGCUGUUUUCUCUCAAAAGGACUGUGAUAAACCCACUGUACGCUACCUGCUCAGCACCAAACGACACUCAAACAAAGUUGGACAUAAUGGAGCAUUUAGCAGCUAAAGAGCCAGAUAUUUUUCUCAGGAGUUGUUGGAGACCAAACCAGAGUUUGAAGUUACUGAAUCUCGACUUGAGGGAGCAGAGCAGGCCGCUAUCAUCCCUCAGUCUGGCAAUGAGAACACCAGGUUACAUCGAUCAGCCACGUAGCAACACAUUGUUUUCCCUAUCGUCUCUCUCCUGCCUCCCCACUGAUCCUUCAGACAGCGUAUUUCUGACCUCCAGCCAAUGGGGGCAGCAGUCAGAAAGCCCUCUGCCCUCCCAGCUUGCCAAUUCCACCCAAUGGGGAAAGUCAGGCUUCCUUGCCCAGCGCUCCAUCAGCAUGGUAGAGACCAGCAGCACCACAGCAGCAAGUCUAGGCUGGCCCGGGACUGACAUAAAGCAUUUCCAAAGUGACAUCAGCCCCACUGCACUGAACACUAGCUCCUCCUCCUCCACCUCAUCUGUUUCCACCUCCUCUUCACGGUAUAAGACUGAACUGUGUCGAUCUUUUACUGAGAGCGGCUUGUGCAAGUAUGGCGGGAAGUGCCAGUUUGCCCAUGGGCCAGAUGAGCUGCGGGAUCUUAGCAGACAUCCAAAAUACAAAACUGAGCCGUGUCGUACAUUUCACACCAUCGGCUUCUGCCCGUACGGUAUCCGCUGCCACUUUGUCCACAACAACGAGGAAGAAAAGAAUCACUCCUUCUCUCGUUCCUCCUCCUCGUCUUCUUCGUCCUCAAGCAUUCCCCAGCAGCCACCUUCUUCCUCCCGCUCGCAAAGACCUCCUCUUGUCAGACAGAGCUUCAGCUUUGCUGGGUUUCCCUCUGCUCCCCAGCCAGCCCUUACUGCUCACCCUCCACCUGCCGCUGCUUCUUUCACACGUGCUCCAUCGGCCUCUCCUCCUUCCUGCGCUGACAUUACUGACCUCCUUUCUCAUGCCUUCCUGGAGAUGGACUCUGCGUUCGAGGCCUCCCCUGCCCACCAGUACCAGACCCCCAUGGGCCAGGCCACUGCGGCAGAUCCCCGUUCUCCAUUCCUGCCCUCCCCAGACUCAGGCUGUUCUCCAUGUGGGCUGUCUCCGACUGCCUCCCUUUCCCUGAGGCAGAGUCCCAGUGCUUCUGGGGUCUUUUCAGGGCCACUGGGUGCCCGAUCCCUGUCCUACACCUCUCUGUCAGACCAGGACCAGGAUGGAAGCAGCUCUGCAAGCUCGCUCAGUGGCUCUGAGUCCUGCGGUGGCAUUAACGAAGCCAACGGCAGACGUCUGGCGGUAUUCAGUCAGCUAUCUGUUCCUGAGGAUGCCACUGGGUUCUGCCUUUAGGCUGCAGUGUGCUGGAACACAAACAUACACAUUUGCAUACAUUCAGACACAGACAUGCAACCCCUGGAUAUGGAUGGUCGAGACACAAUAUAUGCAGUACACACAAAUGCUCACACACCUGACCCCUAUAAAUGCACACACCCCCUCACACACACAAACACACACACACACAGCCACUGGACUUACACCUCAAACAUUCUUUGCACCUGUGUGGCGUCAAAGGAAACAGAGACUUUGUGACUGAGACAGAUUGCUCACAGAGAUUUGAUAGAUUUGCGUGGUUAAAAUGUCAUUUAUGCGUAAGAGAAGCCACAGUGAUGCUGAAAGUAAAAUGUGUGUUUCCACCAAAACAGUACAUAUCAAGGUAGAAGUUAAAUAGUGUUGGAAGCGUUUGAUGCUUUAUCAAAAUAGUAUGCAGAGAUGGCAAAUUGCAGCAAAGGAAUUUGUGAUCAGUGUGAUUGGCCUCAGUGCCACCUGUUGUUGAGUCCAACCACACCAUUUAUAUUACAGUUUACCAACAUCUUCUGAGUGAUCUUAGAAUGUGACAAAGCCAAAGACAUUUUGAUUAUGGUGGUACAAACAUACACUGUGACCUAUGUUUAGGAAUGGUUGUUUUUCCAUUAACUGUACACAGUAUUGUGUUUAUAAGCUGGUGAAACUGUUUUUUUCCUCUGUACAGUCUAAGGUCAUGUUGAGAUCACUGGCCUCGUACCUGAAUGUUAAGUUUUUAAACAACUUAAGUGCCUGUGGUAUUAUUUAACAGGUGAUGUUACAGUGUUUGAAACAAUAUUUGCUGGUUUGUUAGGAGAGAUGUGUGGAGGGGUGUGAGUCUUUUUUUUUUUUUUAUAUAUUAGUCAAAUAAGCUAGUGUGAGUUCAGGUCUCUCUGUUGGUAAGAUUACUACUUAAAAUCAAGUCAUGUGAAUGUUUCAUGAAAGUCCUGUUUUACCUCUGGCACCAAAAACUUUGUGUGCUAAUCUGUAUUUUAGAUUAUCUUAAACUAAACACAAACAUUCCCAGGAGUGGGAUUUAUUUCCUCCCUUGUCCACAGGCAGCACCAGUGUUACAUUUUUGAUGAAUAUUCAUGUUUGUGUUA